GCUGGCGGCUUGUGGCGCGCAAAAAUGGCUGUUUCGGUGUUUACGUCGGCAUCGUCAUCCGUUGUCGAACUUCCUUCAGCUGCGCGUCGGUAUCGUGUGUGAAUCUUUCAUUCGUGUAAAGUCAUGUCGCAAAAGUCCAUCCUCUCGUUUUUUAGUAAACAAAACGCCAAAACCUCUCCGGCAGGCGAAAAAUCGUCAUCGGCAGCUGUAAAAACCGAGCCCGAAAAGGACGCAGAAAACAACAACCACUUGGAGGAAGAAAAUGCAAAGUUGGAGGCAAACCAGCGCAACAAUGUCCCCGGGGGAGAGGACAGCGCAUCGAACUCGCCGGUUAAAAUGUCCAAAGGGUCCAAGCGGAAAAGAGUGAUGUCGUCCAGCGAAAGUGAAGAUGAAACGGCUAGCAAAGCAAAAUCAUCUCCGAAGGCGAAAAAGAGCUCACCGGAGGUGGCCAAGUCCAGUGAGAAGAAACCCACCCCAACCAAGUCUCCCAAGAAGGAACCUGUAGAGAAAGCAAAGCCUACUUCAAAGAAGGGAAAAGAGAAAUCAACCCCAAAAACAGCUCGCGACAGCAAACCUGCAACGGAAAAUGGAUCGAAAAAUGCAUCACCCCUAUCCCCAGGUGGUAAAAUAUCACCGAAAAAGGAAAAGGAAUCGCCCUCGAAAAGCGAAUCUACCAGCAAACCGGCGAAGGUGGCUACACACAGCUUUUUUACUGUAGUCAAGAAGGAAUCGGAUGGGACAAGCAGUAGCGCCGCAGGGGAUGAAAGUAAAGGUGAUGGGACCAGCUACGAUCCAGGCAAGAAAAACUAUCAUCCUAUCAAGGAUGCGUUUUGGAAGAAAGGAGAUCGCGUUCCAUACUUAGCUCUCGCGCGAACAUUCCAAGUGAUCGAGGAAACGAGUGGCAGAUUGCGCAUGAUCGAAAUUCUGUCCAAUUACUUCCGCUCUGUCAUCCUCCUCAGCCCGUCGGAUUUGCUCGCCAGUGUGUACCUGUGCCUGAACCAGCUUGCACCGGCCUACGAAGGUGUGGAGCUGGGCAUUGCCGAGUUUUCCCUCAUGAAAGCGAUCGCCCAGAGUACGGGCCGUAGUCUGGCGCAGAUUAAAGCAGACGCUCAGUCGACGGGUGAUCUCGGCCUGGUGGCGGAACAGUCGAAAAGCAGCCAGCGAAUGAUGUUCCGCCCGGCACCGCUUACCGUGGAGACGGUGUUUACGAAGUUGCGCGAGAUCGCUCGCAUGACCGGUACGGCAUCGAUCGCCAAGAAGAUGGAUAAAAUUCAGUCGAUGUUUGUUGCCUGCCGGCACUCGGAGUCACGCUUUGUCAUUCGUUCGCUGGCGGGUAAGCUACGCAUCGGGCUGGCCGAACAGUCGUUGCUGCAGGCGCUUGCACAAGCGUGUGCCUACACUCCGCCCCACCUGAAUCCGCCCGUGGUGAAUGCGCUAUCCGGAGAAGGGGAUACGCGCAGCAAGGCACGCGUGGAUGAAAUCGCCCUUACGCUCAAGACGGUUUACUGCCAGUGUCCGAACUAUAAUCAGAUUGUACCGGUGCUGCUGGAGCACGGUAUCGAUGAGCUGGUCGAGCGGUGUCCCAUGCGUCCGGGCACUCCACUUAAGCCGAUGCUGGCCCACCCGACAAAGGGCGUUCAGGAGGUGCUGCAGCGCUUCGAUGGGAUCGAUUUUACGUGCGAGUGGAAGUACGAUGGCGAGCGAGCACAGAUUCACCUCCUUCCCGAUGGGUCCGUGCAGAUUUUUAGCCGCAACCAGGAGAAUAACACGAGCAAGUACCCGGACAUCAUCGCACGGCUCGAGCUGACGCGCACGGACAAGGUGGAAAGUGCCAUUCUGGAUUGUGAGGCGGUCGCGUGGGAUCCGGAGAAGCAACAGAUCCUCCCGUUUCAAGUGCUGAGCACGCGCAAACGAAAGGACGCGAACGAGGCGGACAUCAAGGUGCAGGUGUGUGUGUUUAUGUUCGACCUGCUCUACCUCAACGGGAAACCGCUGGUCGAGAAACCGUUUCAAACGCGCCGUGAGCAACUCUAUGAACAUUUUCGCCCGGUCGAGGGUCAGUGGAAGUACGCCACCUGCCUCGACACGAACGAUCUGGACGAACUGCAGCGUUUCCUCGAGGAAGCCGUACGGGGCAACUGUGAGGGAUUGAUGGUGAAAACGCUGCAGCGUGACGCUACGUACGAGAUUGCCAAGCGCUCGCGCAAUUGGUUGAAGCUGAAGAAGGAUUACCUCAGCGGGGUGGGCGAUUCGCUCGAUCUGGUCGUAAUCGGUGGCUAUCGGGGCCGGGGCAAGCGUACCGGCACGUACGGUGGCUUCCUGCUCGCCUGCUACGACGACGAGAACGAAGAGUAUCAGACGAUCUGCAAAAUCGGUACCGGCUUCUCGGACGAGGAUCUGCAGCGUCACACGGAGUUUCUGAAUGGGCAUGUUAUACCGAAGCCCAAACCGUACUAUCGUUACGAGCCCAACCUAGCGCCGGACGAGUGGUUUGAGGCGGUGCAGGUUUGGGAGGUACUGUGUGCCGAUCUGUCGCUCAGUCCGGUUCAUCAGGCUGCGAUCGGCAUCAUCGAUCCGGAGAAGGGUAUUUCGCUGCGCUUUCCGCGCUUUAUCCGCAUACGGGACGAUAAGGGAGCAACCGAUGCGACCAAUGCUCGCCAGGUGUCGGAGAUGUACCUGAAUCAGGAUCAGAUUAAAAAUCAAGCGCAAGGCGGUGGUGGACGAGAUGCCGAGGAAGAUUUCUACUAAAUGUAGUGCCUUGGUGAGUGCAGCAAUUAUUCAAUGUUUCGUUUUAAAUGUCAAAUGUGUUUGUAUUACUAUAAAUUUGUAACUGUAUCAUAUUUCAUGAUGAAGUUACUAAAAAUACAAUUAAGUCAGACCAUAGAUUUUCAGAUAUUCUUGCUUUUAAAUGUUUCUUUCUGUUGUGUGUCAAACCCCCUAAAACAAUACAUUUUAUAUCGAAAUCAUAUUCAUCUUUUGGGCGCACGAAAUUUAAUGUUUUAUGCAGUGGAGUAUUUAGCCGAUACAUAUUUUGAAUAAAAAAAUA